ACCCCUUCACCCCACGACAUUUGUAAUCCGUAGCCAGCUCAUUCAUUCAACCCAUUCACCAACCUAUCUUUCUCUCUCUCCUCCUCUUUCUCUCACUAAAACUUUCAACGUUUUCUCCACCAGAUCUCUCGGAGCGACCCUUGGAGAUGCGUGCCUUGUGAGCCUUUUUCACUUCCCUGUGUGUGGUUUUUCUGGGGUUUUCCGUCAAUCACAGAUAUAUAAAACCCCAUAACCUAUCUCAGGACCCUUUUGAUUCUUUUGGGGUUUGACUUUGAUUUUGGUUUUGGUUUUUUGAUUCGAUUCUUGCGUUGAAUGGUUUGUGGGGUUUUGGGGGGAGAGAGAGCGAAAAUGGCGAAUGGGGUCGAGAGGGAAAGUGGGUUAAUGGUGUUGUUUAGCGAUGAGGAGCUGAGCGAGAUGAGUGGGGUUAAGAAAGGCGGAGACCACAUAGAGGUUACGUGUGGCUGUACAAGCCAUAGAUAUGGUGAUGCUGUGGGCAGGCUUAGGGUUUUCAUCAAUGGUGACCUCGAAAUCACCUGUGAAUGCACCCCUGGUUGUCAGGAAGACAAGUUAUCUCCAGCUGCAUUUGAAAAACAUUCCGGAAGAGAAACAGCUAGGAAAUGGAAGAAUAAUAUCUGGGUUAUAGUUAACGGGGAAAAGGUUCCAUUGUUUAAGACGGUGCUGCUGAAAUACUACAAUCAAGCGUCAAAAACAGCCAAUGGAUCUCAUAGAUCCCAAAAUGGACGAGCCUGUCACCGUGAUGAGUUUCUUCGCUGUACUAGGUGCAACAAGGAACGCCGAUUUCGUCUGCGAACUAAAGAGGAAUGCAGGAUGCACCAUGAUGCUUUGGCAGAUGUGAAUUGGAAGUGUGCCGAUCUUCCAUAUGACAAAAUAACAUGUGAUGAUGAGGAAGAGAGAGCAAGCCGCAGGGUUUACAGGGGCUGCACUCGUUCUCCAACCUGCAAGGGCUGCACUUCCUGUGUGUGCUUCGGCUGCGAAAUUUGCCGCUUCUCAGAAUGCAGCUGCCAGACCUGCACAGACUUCACUAGAAACGCCAAAGUUGAGUGAACAUUUCUCAAGGUCCGGGUGUUUUCCCAUUCAUUCGUGGGUUAUUGAAGCCCAUUAUUGCCACAACUCCAUUUUCUUUUUCUCCAGAUGAGGGAUAUGGGGCAUUGAGAUAUUUGGGGGGAAGGGAGGAAGGGAGGAGGUCGUUCUAGUGACUGGUUUCAGUCUCUUAUUUCAAUUUAAUUAUGUUGGUUCUUAUUUACCUGUUUAAACUACCUAAAUUAAGUAAUUUAUUCUACAUCACUUGAUCUA